AUGGCUGGCCUCUCAUCCAUUGGACCCUGGUCUUUCAAUCCAAUCGUCGCUUCCUUUCCUCCGACCUUGUUUCCAAAUAUUGCCUAUUGGAAUGUCACCAAUGGGACUUACACGUACCAGGUCCAGUUGUCUUGGCCGUUGAAUUGGACUUCUACCGAGGCCAAUAGCACUGUGGACACACUAUUCGUCCUUGACGGCAACGCGCUGGCCCAGACAGCCACCGAGGCGUUCCGUAAGCGCCGCCCAGUUGAGUUCGCACAACCGGACACUAUCGUUGUGAGUAUCGGGUAUCCCGAUCUGAUACCCGACUCGCCGUACUCCAACGGGCGGUACUAUGACUACCAAAUGCCCGUAUGUCCAACGUGCGCCCCGACGAUUGAGCCCGUCGGUGUUCCCUCUGGUGCCGACGCCUUCAUCACCUUCAUGGACACUGUUCUCCGCCCUUGGGUGCAAAGUUACUUUCCCAACACGACUUUCAACCGCGAUGGUCUAUACGGCCAUUCUUUCGCAGGACUUUUUGUCAUUUAUGCCCUCAUGGUGCGGUCGGACCUGUUUGAUGUUUUCCUGAGUGCAUCGCCCUAUCUGGUCUGGAACAAUGAAUACAUUUUUGAUCAUCUGGAAGCGCUGACGAAUGGAUCACUGCCUGCCAACGCCACAAAGCCAGCACUUCAACUUGCAUACGGGAGUCUGGAAGAGUACCCUCGGAAAAGAAGGACCGAGACGGACGAAGCGUUUGCGGAAAGACAGGCGCUGCUCAGCUCAUUGAAAACAAAUGAGCUGGUGGAGCGGUUCUAUAAUGAAGUCAAGAACAGCUCGGUACUAAGGGAUGUGGACCUGCUUGUAUACCCAAAUAGCUACCAUGCAGCAGUGGGAUCAGCAGCAUUGUGCGACGGGAUAGACUAUUUCUUGGACUGGUGA